GACUCUGCGUGUCGGCUGCUGCCGUGCACGUAAACGUGUAAGCAGUGGUUUUGCGCAAGAUGUAGGCAAAUAUUUACCUGCCAAAUUAAUCGCGACUUUUCAGAAUCGCCCUCAUGAUAAAAUUUGAGCGUAGAUGCAUCGGUUUUGUUGCCGGACACCGUCGAGUGGAACCACACUGUGUUGUACAGUUCGUUCAAAGCGGUAUUGAAUGAAAGGUCACUGUGGCCGCUGUCGUUACCUCGAGCUGCGCACAUGCGUUUGAAAUGGACUUGUGUGCCGCGUGCGUCGUUGAAACUGUACGUUCAUGUUCUGACGGAAGCUGACAUGCAGCUAUAACUGGUUGAUCUUGUAUAAUAUCGUACGUAAUAGUCACAAAACGGCAAUAUGAUAGCAAUUACAGCCGGAUCGCUCUCGGCCUGCAAAGCCUUCCACUUUCGACAUAUCGCUCGAGCUUGGCGCGGUGGUAAGCAUUGCUUUGAGCCGGUGCGGCUGGUCACGAACGUGAGAGAUGAUACCGCUAGCGACGAUGUGCUGUCCAUCUAUUACCGGCUACUCGGUCAAGGAGAGCUACUUCCCGAUGAAAAUCAGCUGAAGAUCGCCCAGCUGCUGAAGGAACUUCAGAACAAAGUUGCAGGUUAUACGCCGCACAUCCCAGGCAUGUUUGAAAAGUGGUUAUUCAAGGCAAAAAAGCCAGCCGACAAGCCACAGGGAUUGUAUAUAUAUGGCGCUGUGGGUCGAGGCAAGACAAUGUUGAUGGACAUGUUCUACGAGUCCACAACAGUGGAGAGCAAGCAACGAGUCCACUUCCAUUCAUUCAUGCUGGAUGUUCACAACCGCAUCCACAGCUGGAAGCAAGAGUCGGCCCAGUCCGGCCGAGGUCGCAAGUCACCUCAGUAUGACCCAAUUCCGCCUGUUGCGGAAGCAAUCUGUGCCCGAGCUUGGCUGUUGUGCUUGGACGAGUUCCAAGUGACUGACAUCGGUGACGCAAUGAUCCUCAAGCGCCUAUUCAGCCACCUGUUCAACCUGGGUGCUGUGGUAGUAGCCACGUCAAACCGCAAACCUGAUGAUCUGUACAAGAACGGCUUGCAGCGCAGCAACUUCGUGCCUUUCAUUGACGUCUUGAAGAAAAACUGCUUACCAGUGGCUCUCGACUCUGGUGUUGACUACAGGAUCCAGAAAGGUGCCACCAAGACAAGCUUCUAUUUUGUGAAAUCCGAGUGCGAUGCAGACAAGGAGUUGGACAGGCUGUUCAAGGUCUUGGCCAGCCAAGAGAACGACAUCGUUCGACCACGUGUCCUCACCAUCAAGGGACGCAACGUUGAGUUCCGCAAGACAUGUGGCCGCAUUCUGGAUGCUUCAUUCUCGGAGUUGUGCGAUCGGGCAGUUGGUGCCGUUGAUUAUCUGGCACUCAGCCAGAUAUUUCACACGAUACUGGUUCGAGAUGUGCCCGUGAUGACCCUACGUGAGAAGACCCAGGCACGCCGGUUCAUCACCCUGGUGGACACCCUGUACGACAACAGAGUCCGACUAGUCCUGUCGGCCGACGCUCCGGCAGACAAGCUCUUCCAGGCGGUCAAAAGCGACGGCAGCCUGACCGACGAGAACCGCUCGCUCAUGGACGACUUACAAAUUAGCGACAAGGACGUGAGCAUCUUCAGCGGCGAAGAGGAAAUGUUUGCCUUCGAACGGACAGUGUCGCGGCUCAACGAGAUGCAGAGUGAAAAUUACUGGGCGCAGGCGAGCAAGGAUGUUUAUUAGGGCCUCACUGCUGCUGGGUGCUGCGGGCAAUCUGUUCUUUGAGCACCAUGAUGCUCUGUCGCUGGUCCGGAGGCAGCAACGCGAUCUGCUGGUCCGAAAGCUGCAGCACCUGUACACAGA